GAAAAAAAAAAAAAAACACGGCGAACGGCUGAAGCGACGGUGGGUGGAGUACAGGAAGCUGCUGCUGUCCUCGGCUAUCUGAUCAUGGCCCAAAUCUAAUUCCAACACAAACAGACAAGCCGAGACUGCGGACGUUCGUGAUUUGAUAUCCGUGCUUUCCUUUCUCGACUGAUUUGUGGGAGGGAUUGAUCGAGGAGCUCCAAGAUGUCUCGGGGAGUGAUCCAGCCGAGCCAGCAGAAGCUGGCCGAGAAGCUCACCAUCCUCAACGACAGAGGCAUCGGGAUGCUGACCCGUGUUUACAAUAUCAAAAAGCAAGGACAAGUUUGGAAGGCAUGCGGAGACCCCAAGGCCAAGCCCUCCUACCUGGUGGACAAGAACCUGGAGUCUGCCGUCAAGUUCAUCGUCAGGAAGUUCCCAGCUGUGGAGACGCGGAACAACAACCAACAGCUGGCUCAGCUGCAGAAGGAGAAGUCGGAGAUUCUGAAGAACUUGGCUCUCUACUACUUUACCUUUGUAGAUGUCAUGGAAUUUAAGGACCACGUGUGUGAGCUGCUCAACACCAUUGACGUGUGCCAAGUCUUCUUUGACAUUACGGUGAACUUUGAUCUGACGAAGAACUACCUGGACUUGGUGGUGACUUACACUACACUCAUGAUCAUAUUGUCACGCAUCGAGGAGAGGAAAGCCAUCAUCGGCCUGUACAACUACGCUCACGAGAUGACGCACGGCGCCAGUGACCGUGAGUACCCCAGGCUGGGCCAGAUGAUCGUGGAUUACGAAAACCCUCUGAAGAAGUUGAUGGAGGAGUUUGUCCCACAUGGGAAGUCUCUGUCUGACGCGCUGAUCAGCCUUCAGAUGGUCUACCCCAGAAGGAAUCUGUCCGCCGACCAGUGGAGGAACGCCCAGCUGCUCUCGCUCAUCUCGGCUCCCUCCACCAUGCUCAACCCUGCACAGUCAGACACUAUGCCCUGUGAAUACUUGUCUCUGGACGCGAUGGAGAAAUGGAUAGUUUUCGGUUUCAUCCUGUGUCACGCGGUGCUGACCGGCGACGCGGCGGCGUUAUCGCUGUGGAAGCUGGCGCUGCAGAGCUCCACCUGCCUCUGUCUGUUCAGGGAUGAAGUCUUCCACAUCCACAAGGCUGCCGAGGACCUCUUUGUCAACAUCCGAGGGUACAACAAGCGCAUCAAUGACAUCCGAGAGUGCAAGGAACAGGCCCUGUCUCACGCAGGCUCCAUGCACCGAGAGCGACGCAAGUUCCUCAGGUCCGCGCUCAAGGAGCUGGCCACCGUCUUGGCGGACCAGCCGGGCCUGCUGGGUCCGAAGGCGUUAUUUGUUUUCAUGGCUUUGUCAUUUGCCCGAGACGAGAUCAUCUGGUUGCUCCGACACGCCGACAACAUCCAGAAGAAAAGCACAGACGACUUCAUUGACAAACACAUCGCGGAGCUGAUCUUCUACAUGGAGGAGCUGCGAGCCCACGUGAGGAAAUACGGCCCCGUCAUGCAGAGAUACUACGUACAGUACCUGUCGGGCUUCGACGCCGUCGUGCUCAACGAGCUGGUGCAGAACCUGUCCGUGUGUCCAGAGGACGAGUCCAUCAUCAUGUCUUCAUUUGUCAACACGAUGACCUCGCUCAGCGUCAAACAAGUCGAGGAUGGCGAGGUGUUCGACUUCAGAGGCAUGAGGCUGGACUGGUUCAGACUGCAGGCCUACACCAGCGUGUCCAAGGCCAGUCUCGGUAUCGCCGACCACAAGGAGCUCGGCAAAAUGAUGAACACCAUCAUCUUCCACACCAAGAUGGUGGACUCGCUGGUGGAGAUGCUGGUGGAGACUUCAGACCUCUCCAUAUUCUGUUUCUACAGCCGUGCGUUUGAGAAGAUGUUCCAGCAGUGCUUGGAGCUUCCCUCGCAGAGCCGCCACUCCAUCUGCUUCCCUUUGCUUUGCACACACUUCAUGUCCUGCACACACGAGCUCUGUCCUGAGGAGCGUCACCACAUAGGGGACCGCAGCUUGUCGUUGUGUAACAUGUUUCUGGAUGAGAUGGCCAAACAAGCCCGAAACCUCAUCACGGAUAUCUGCACUGAACAAUGUACACUCAGCGACCAGCUACUUCCCAAACACUGCGCCAAGACCAUCAGCCAGGCCGUCAACAAGAAGAGCAAGAAGGCCACGGGAAAGAAGGGCGAGCCGGAGAGAGAGAAACCGGGAGUGGAGAGCAUGAGGAAGAACCGACUACUGGUCACCAAUCUGGACAAACUGCACACAGCGCUAUCGGAACUCUGCUUCUCCAUCAACUACGUUCCCAACUUGGCGGUGUGGGAGCACACGUUCACGCCGAGGGAGUACCUCACCUCCCACCUGGAGAUCCGGUUUACCAAGUCCAUUGUGGGCAUGACCAUGUACAACCAGGCCACUCAGGAGAUCGCCAAGCCCAGCGAGCUGCUGACCAGCGUGCGGGCCUACAUGACGGUGCUGCAGUCCAUCGAGAACUACGUCACCAUCGACAUCACGCGCGUCUUCAACAACGUCCUGCUGCAGCAGACGCAGCACCUGGACAGCCACGGCGAGCCCACCAUCACCAGCCUCUACACCAACUGGUACCUGGAGACGUUGCUCCGGCAGGUCAGCAACGGGCACAUCGCUUACUUUCCGGCCAUGAAGGCCUUCGUGAACCUGCCCACGGAGAACGAGCUGACCUUCAACGCUGAGGAAUACUCCGACAUCUCAGAGAUGCGUUCGCUGUCUGAGCUGCUGGGGCCGUACGGCAUGAAGUUCCUCAGCGAGAGCCUCAUGUGGCACAUCUCCUCGCAGGUGGCCGAGCUCAAGAAAUUGGUAGUGGAGAACAUGGAAGUUUUGACCCAGAUGAGAACCAGCUUUGACAAACCCGACCACAUGGCAGCGCUGUUCAAGAAGCUCACAUCUGUGGACAGCGUCCUCAAGAGGAUGACUAUCAUCGGCGUCAUCCUCUCCUUCCGCUCCCUGGCCCAGGAAGCACUCCGAGACGUGUUAUCGUGCCACAUUCCCUUCCUGGUCAGUUCGGUGGAGGAUUUCAAGGACCACAUUCCCAGGGAGACGGACAUGAAGGUGGCCAUGAACGUCUACGAGCUGUCUUCCGCCGCCGGUUUGCCCUGCGAGAUCGACCCGGCGCUGGUGGUGGCGCUGUCCUCGCAAAAGAGCGAGAACAUCAGUCCAGAGGAGGAGUACAAGAUUGCGUGUCUAUUGAUGGUGUUUGUGGCCGUUUCCUUGCCGACGCUGGCCAGCAACGUGAUGUCGCAGUACAGUCCCGCCAUCGAGGGCCACUGUAACAACAUCCACUGCCUGGCCAAAGCCAUCAACCAGAUCGCCGCCGCGCUCUUCACCAUCCACAAAGGAAGCAUCGAGGACCGCCUCAAAGAGUUCCUGGCUCUGGCCUCGUCCAGCCUCUUAAAGAUCGGCCAGGAGACGGACAAGAUGACGACGCGUAACAGAGAGUCGGUUUACCUGCUGUUGGACAUGAUUGUGCAGGAGUCCCCCUUCCUGACCAUGGACCUGCUGGAAUCCUGCUUCCCAUACGUGCUCCUGCGUAACGCCUACCACGCUGUCUACAAGCAGAGCAUCAGCGCCAACGCAUGAACACACACACACACACACACACACCCCUGCCGUCUGCUUCCUGUGUAGACGCACAACUGACAGUGCACUAAAACACGCCUUGACACAUGACAGAGUUCCUCCACUUAUUCACCAUUCACUACUUGAAAUUUUUGGGGAAAACAAUCCAUUGUUAUUCGCUGAAAAACUAAACUCCAAACAUCUUAAAAUGCCACAAUAUCACACCUAAGCCCUGUCUAAUGGAAAAGUAGUGCUUUGGCGCCAUCUUGUGGCAUUGAUAGGAAGUUCUGAACCUUUCUGGGCGUGCAUCAAUACCUUGCAGAUUUUCACAAUUGACAGCAGGGCUCAUUCCCGAUCCCACACAACGUUUCGGGGAGGACGGGAAAACCCCGGUGCGAAUGGCGAAAGAAAAUCUGCUCCCCACACUCUCAACUCACUUCAACAUAGUUCUUUGGUACAAAGGUGGUGGAAAAGCACUCCUUUUGUUGCUUUGGCAAAGGGGUGUGUUGUUUUUUUCAGCAAAUAACAAAGGAUAGGGUCUAAAAAAAACAAAAACAUUUGCAAAUACAUGAAUUUGCAAAUGCAGAAACACGAAGAUGUGGGGGUUCAAUGUAUGUACUACUACCAAGUAAAAAAACACACAAAAAAAAAAACGUACACACAAGUACAUAAGAUGGCUGACCAACAUGUGACACAUACACACUAGCUGGAUGAAGUUGGGGAUCAGUGUCUACAUUUUUUGUGUUUGAAUUCCUUUUUGUUUUUUUGAUGAUGCUGUUGCUAAGGGCAUCGUAACCACGGCAACACUUAACAAACCUGAGCAUUUGUUUGUUAUGAAAGGACGAAAAAAAUUAUAAAUAAAUAGUAUAUAUAAAUAUACAGUAUAUAUAUUGCGUUGACACUAAACUAUUUGAGCGCCGGUGACGGAUUUGGAUGAUUUUCUUGAUGUUUUUUUUCCUUUUUGCUCGAAGGAGGGCAGCUGACGUUUGCUUGCUCUUUGUGUACAUUUUCCAUUCAUGACGCGGACAGUCGAAUCAUUUCAUAGCAAAAAGGCAAACUGGUGCGCAUACACUUGUAACAUGGUGAUUUGUUCUUUUCUAGCUAGUGAUAACCGGAAGCUCGUUGUGCGUUCAAACAACAGCAGCAACAAGUUUUUGAUGUGAACUCAACUGGUCUGUUUUUACGUUUUCUUACUUUUACAAAUUUGCCAAAUGUGUGAGCAACACUACAUAAUGUUUGUGUGAGAGAGGGAAGGGAAGCAAGGGUGGGAUCGGGCGGGGCUCAUGCGUUCUGUAACACAGUGCAGUGAAAAAAGGCCAGGAAGCCCUCGGCUGCUGUCAAUGACGGUUAAUAAAGUACAAGUGAACAUCUCUUCGUUUUUGUCUGCGUGGACUCUCGCCACCGACGCGUGGGUUCGGUUCCCACUCGGUGACGGCGCCAAUGGUUGUCCGCGUCCGUAUGUGCCCUGCGACGGACUUGACUGACUGGCGACCGGUUCGGGGCGUAGUCCGCCUUUCGCCCGAAGUCAGCUGGGAUGGGCUCCGGCGCCCCGCGACCCUAACCGGGAUAAGCACUUCUGCCCUUUGCUUUGCUUUGCGGCCUCCGAAUGAGCUCACCUCACUACAGUACAUGAAAUGUGCCAGCAGGGGGCGCCCUCAGCACGAGUCUGACGUUUGAGUUUCUAUGAAAGUGUGGAAUUUCGAUUUCAUAAAUUUACAGGUCUGGAAAAUAGUCAUGUUUUCAACACUCUUACGACAGCUCUAAUUUCUAAAACAAACCAAAAGACAGGGUUAGGGUCUUUAAACCCUACUUUCAAAACGGUUAGGCCUUUCAAUUAGGGCAUUAAAACAAGGUUACGGUUUCAAAGUAGGUUUUCAAAUGUGUGUGUUAAAAAACAGGUUAGGGUUUUAAAUGAGGGUAACAAGACAGGGUUAGGGUGUCAAAGUAGAGUUUAAAAACGGUUAUGGUUUCCAGUUUGUUUCAAGACGGGGUUAGGGUUUCAAGACAGGAUUAUGGUUUAAAAGUAGGGUUUUAAACCGGGUUAGGGUUUUAAGUUGGGGUUUCAAGACAUGUUAAGGGUUUCAAAUUUGGGAUUAAAAACCAGGUUAGGGUUUCAAAACUGGGUUAGUGUUUUAAAUUAGGGUUUCAAGACAAGUUUAGGGUUAAAUAUUUGGGUUGAAAGACCAGGUUAGGGUUUAAAAACGGGGUUGGGCUUUUUAAUUAGGGUCUCAAGGACAGGGUUAGGGUUUUAAAACGGGUAGGGUUUCAAAUUUGUGUUUAAAAAACAGGGUUAGGGGUUUAAAUUAGGGUAUCAAGACGUGUUUAGGGUUGCAGGUUAGGGUUUUCAAAUGAGGAUUUAAAAAGAGGAAUAGGGUAUCAAAUUAGGGUUAGGGUUUCAAGACGGACUCAACUAAAUGCAGACUUUGUGUUUCCUUCAUCUCUUCCUUCGUUUUCCGAACCUGUUCUCCUCACGCGGGUCUCGGGCGUGGUGGCGUCUAUCCCAGCCGACCCUGAACUGGUCGCCGGCCAAUCGCAUUGACAACAUGGAGGAAAUCAUUUGGCAUAUAAAGAGUCAGAAUUAUACACAUCUAUGAAUUGAAAUGUCAUCAAUUAAUUAAUUCUUUGUGACUUUUAAAUCUUGAAAUUAGGAUGUGGAAGAAGUUUGCAAUUUUGACAUUUGGGAACCAUGAUAGUGUAAUUUGAAAUUAGAUUUGUGGGGAAAUUAGCAUUUUUUUUUCCCACAAUUAAAACCGUGUAACGAGCUGCUCCACCAAUUAGUCGAGCCCGUAAAGCAAUCGCGCAGUUUUCAGUUCCACCGAUGACAGCGCAACAGUUUAAAGAUGAUUUUUUUUCCAAAGCCCAAAUGAAGGUGCGCCGUUACACCGACACUCUUGCCGGAUGCUCUUAUUUUAAUUGUGUGUGUUUUUUUAAACUCGAUUGUUGCUGUGGGCAAAUAUAAAAUGCUAACCUUUUCGUUACUGGUUAUUUCGUGCGACUAUUUGCAAUUAGUUGUUCAUGUGCAUGAUCAGCCACCAUCCUCUAGAGGGUGCUGCAGUACCCUUGUAGGUUUGAUUCAAAAUAGUAAAAAAACAACAACAA